AUGAUCCAAGUGUUCGUGUUUGUCGCGAUACUUCUGGGCUUGGUUUCAGCUCAUGGAGGAACAUCCAACUACACGGUGGAUUGUAUCUGGUACAGGGGCUACUCACCGGACACACCAGCAGCAAAUCAGGACGGCCAGCCAUGGCUUGUAGGGAGGAAAUGGAUCACAAUAGACCCCAUCUUCCAACCAGACAAUAUGUCCUUACCAUGCAACUACCCUGGUGAUCCAGCACCUUCUUCGAUUCCCAUCACUGCUGGCGACAACAUCACAGCAGUAUAUUACUACUGGCUCCACACAGUCGGUCCCAUGGUCUUGUGGAUGACAGACUGCGGCGAUUCGUGCUCAACACUCAAUCUUACCACUGCGAAUUGGUUCAAGAUCGCAGAACGAGGCUUGAUAUCGGGUACGAUACAGACAGGAAUGUGGGGACAGAGAGAAUUCCAGAAUUGGGACGGAACUCCCAAUUUGUGGACCGAAACGAUUCCGCAGGAUUUGAAGCCUGGAGAGUACAUCAUCCGGCAUGAGAUAAUUGCGUUGCAUAUCGCGAAUAGGCCACAAUUCUAUCCCGAGUGUGCGCAUUUGGUGGUGACUGGAAAUGGGACUGCACUUCCGGAAAAGGAGUAUUAUGCCAAAAUCCCAGGCGUUUGGAGCAUGGAUCAACCCGAGAUCAACAUCGACGUGUAUGCGGCCAACGUCAGCAACCUCACGACAUAUACGAUCCCUGGCCCACCAGUUUGGUUAGGUGCAAAGAGAAGCGGCGUGGAUAGAGUUCUGGACGGAUUCAAAGGUCCUUGA